UCUGAAGUUAGGCCGUCUGGGGAGCAAUGGCUGAAGAACAGGGCACAAGCGAUGAGCUUGAUGCUUUGAUUGAAGAACAGCGGUGGGACAGCGCUUUCGUAAGAUUGCUCGCCAACCCCGACGAAGCCAAGAAAUCGCGAAUCCGUGCAACUCCUUUUGAAUUGCUAGAUCUUGUGGCUUCUCUCUACCCUGAUGCCAUCACAAUGCCAGAUCGUCGCUGCAACGACACCCCUUUGCAUCUUGUCUGUCGACAAUCCCAAACAUCUUCUAAGCGAGUGAAGGCCUUGCUGGCACAUUUGAAGGAUCCCGACGGUGUUCUCAUUCGGAAUCGAUUUGGCGGGACGUCUUUGCACUCUGCAGCCAACCACAACGCAACGAUUGAGACUUUUCGGGAGCUUGUCAGGACAAACUCCCGAAUAGUUCGAGUAGCUACUCGGGAAGGUGUAUACGCCGUGGCUACUCUUUGGCAUGCUUAUGUCCAAACCAUUCAGGGACAUAUGUGCAUAGCCCAUGCCCUGAAGGGAGACAAUAUUUCUAGUGAACACUUUGCUCGAUUUUGGGAAAAGGCUAAGUUUCUUGCCUCGGAAUAUUUCCGCCGUACCACAGCGUGCCCUGAGGAAAUUGACAAUCGAACAAGAUUUGUUCUUCAUGGUCUCAUUCAGUGCAAUGUAGACAUCAGCUUUUUCAAGAUCGCUCUCAAAAUCGAGCCUGGUUUGGCAAUAACGCCAAAUGCUCAAGGAAGCCUGCCACUACACAUUCUUGUCAAAGAUCGUCCUUAUCGUCUGAAAGAACGCCAGGCUAUUGUGGCCGCUCUACAGGCGUAUCCAAGAGCAGCUCUCAUUGCAAAUAAAGCGGGAUAUACACCACUCUUAAUUGCUAUCGGAAGCAAAUUGCCCUGGGAAAAUGGUCUUGAUUGUAUUGCGAACGCAGCUUUGAGCAUGAUCCAAAGGCGGGAUCCUUUAACCGGUCUGUUUCCGUUCCUGCUAGCGGCGUCAAAUGGAGGUCCAAUGUCUGUUUCAACUACCUAUCAUUUGUUGAGCGCCCGUCCAGAUCUACUCCGUCCGCGAGAUACAGCUGAAACCAAUUUCCAUGUUCAGUCUAGUUCUCUGUAUGGUUGA